GACAGACUGUCACAGAAUUCGGAUCGAACUUGUGCACGCCGAAACUACGUUUUUGUUGUUGUAAGAAUUUGGAUUGUGAAAAGUUUAAUUUAAUGAACUGUGCGUGAAAAAGUUAAAAAUGGAUUCAACAUUAAAUCCUAAGGCGCCUGAAUUUUUCCCAGAACUUAAAAAAGUAACACAGAAUGGCUACUUACUUAUCAAAAAAGCUGUGAAAUCGUCAAAGGUUUUUACAACUGAUAAAUAUCAUUCAUUAAAAACGCUUCCCGCGUUUAAAUCAGUGACAUCAGACUUAUGUAGAUAUGUUGAUUCACAAAUACAAGAUAUACUAGUUGCGGAGACACCUAAAUUUUUAUUUAUCAAAGAGCAAGGUGAUGAAUUUAAGGAAGAACAAAUAGUAACAACAAACAGUAACAUUUUGGAUAGAGUUAGUAACAAUCUUGAGGAAUUGUGCAAAAUGGAUCACAUACAUCGUACCGAUAAAAAUAAUCAAAACAUACCACCACAAGAGGAUGAACCAAUGAAUGAAGAUCUAGCUGAUAUUGAUCAGGAGGAUAUGUUAUAUAUGGAAGAGGUAAUGGGUGCUGCAUCAAAUUCCCAUGUUUAUAACAUUGAAAACAUUUGGGUUCCGAUACUGCCGGAGAAACCAAAUUAUCUUGUUCCGUUUGAAUUAAAACUGUUAUAUGAUGCUGAUGGAAAAGCUAUAGAAUAUGAACAUCCAUACAGAAUUGAGUUGAGUGUAUUUGAACCGGCGUCGUAUUUAAUUAACGCCACAGCGGAGCCGAUACCAUUUCCUGCUCCGUUGAAAAAUACAAAUUAUAAAUUCAUAAACACAUUGAGUAAACUUGAUGAUCUCUUGCGCCAUCUUCGUGAAGUCGACGAGCUGGCUGUGGAUGUGGAGCAUCACAGCUUCCGCGCUUACAGAGGUAUCACAUGCCUUGUUCAAAUCACAACAUUCCGAGGCGAUUUCAUUAUAGAUGCAAUGUUGCUGCGACGUCAUUUGUACAAACUCAAUUUUGCAUUUACUGACCCUAAAAAGAUUAAGGUUUUCCAUGGGGCAGAUAUGGAUGUUUUGUGGUUGCAAAGAGAUCUCGGUGUUUACAUUGUUGGCUUGUUUGAUACUUACCAAGCUGCCGUUACCCUGGAUCUUGAAAAGAAGUCUCUGAAGGCACUGUUGAAACUGUACUGUAACGUUAACACCGAUAAGAAGUAUCAAACUGCGGACUGGCGUGUCAGACCAUUGCCUUAUGAAAUGGUGAAAUAUGCCAGAACUGAUACUCAUUAUUUGCUCUACAUUUGGAAGAGAAUGAAGAAUCAAUUGCUGGAAAAGAGCAAUGGUCAGAGGGAAACUUUGUUGAAGGUUUUCACCAUGAGCCGUGACGUCUGCUUGUCGACAUACAAGAAGCAUGUGGUGACUGAAACCAGUCACUUGUCGCUGUACCAACGAUAUCACAAGGAUUUUGAUUUGUCCUGGCGUUCGUUGGCUGCUCUUAAAAUCCUUUACAAAUGGCGCGAUGAUUACGCAAGGGAACUGGAUGAAAGUCCCGCGUAUGUAUUGCCAAAUGUAUUGAUGCUGACGUUGGCUGAAAAACUCCCCACGGAUUUGAAGAGUAUUCGUGAAUAUUGUCCAUCGGCCAGAAAAGUCCUGAAACGAAGUUUCAUUAAGAUUCUUGAAAUGAUAAAGACUUGCCGGGAUAUGCCAGAACCACCUCCAGCUGUGAUGCCUCUGGCUAUCAGACCUACGGGAGAGCUCUCUCACCACAUGCUCGACUUGCCGAAUACAAGCGACAGCGAUUUGAAUGGCGACGUUGCUAUGGCGUCAGAGAAUUUACACGAGCCAGAUUAUGCUGCAGGCGUAGACUCAACAUCUUAUGAAACAGGAAGCGGCGAUAAUCGAUUCUGUUCACCUUAUCUCAGAUAUGUGAAAUGUGUGAAAGUUGAGGCGGAACAGCAAAAGGAAGAUGAUAAAAAGGAGGUCCCCGUCGCAGAGAUUACAAAUACAGAGAACGAUCUUACGGAAUUUACUCCUAUCUUUAAAAACAAAGAGACACGCGAAAAAGAGGCCGAGGAGAGGGCUAUGCAAAACCCAGAAGCGACAGAGGAAGCGUAUGGUGCAGGCGAAGGCACUUCUUACGACUUCACUCUAGUCACUCGACGUAAACGAAAGAGUCGGCCCAGAAGAGAGAUGCUAGAUGCCCAGGAACAAGCUGACAAACCCGCCCCACCGACAAAACGCGUGUACUAUCAGUACACAAACCCAAACUACAAAGAAUUCUACACUCCCAGGGAUAAAGCAAUUGCAAAAUUGCAAUCGAAAAAGCGCAAGUAAAUUUCCUUAUAUUAGAUUCAUAGAAUCGAAAACUGUAUGACAAUUAAGUUUAACUGGUAAUUUCAACAUAAUUAUAUAUGUAGUUGAUCAGAAGUCUAUGAACUUCAAUAAAAUCAUGAAUGUAGUUGAUGUUACCAUUUACCGAGAACUUCAACAUAAUUAUAAGUGUAAUCGAUGUCACCACUUGCUAAGAACUUAAAACAUAAUUAUAAAUGUAGUCGCUUUG